AUGGUCAUCAUCCCUUCCGCGGGUCUCUACUACUGGCAGCGCGCCUUUCGGAAGGACAUCGUGGAGUUGCAGCUGGGAAUGAGCGACGACUUCAUGCAGACCUCCCUAGUCAUCCUCGGCAGCCUGGAGACUAUUGAGGAGCUGCAGAAUGGUGUCCGAUUUCAGUCUGAUACCGGCAAGCUCUUCCGCCUGAUGGAGCAGGGCAUGGAGUAUCAGCCGGGCAUCUUCGAAACAGACGAGGACCGGAUGGUCGUCACAGGGGCCACUGGCAACUCCGCCUCUGGCUCCAGCCCCGCGAGCUGA